AUGGAUAUCAAUGGCUUUCAAGUUCUUCCUUCACAGGUAGAAUCUGUGAGCCGUAUAUUUGAAAGACACCCUUACAUUGCAGUCCGAUUCCGUGCAAUGAACCAACAUACGAGGGAGACAUGCAUGAAUAUUUUGCUCAGAUUGAUCGAGAUGCUGUGCCAGUCACUUGAUGAGCUCUCCAGUAAUGAUAUUUUGGGAGCAGACACUGCACUUGCAUACUUGAAAUCUGUGCAUUUUAAUGUGGCUUGGUUGGAGAAGAAACUGGACUUGGUAAAAGCAAACAAGGGCAAAGAGCAGUCCAGUUUGGUCAGGCUCCAAGAGAUGGAGGAUAAUUUACUUGAACUGAAGCAAAAAUGUUCAGACUUGGAUGCUUUAGUUGAGAAGGAAGAGGCUGAGUUGUCGGCUAUCAGAACUCCUUGUUAUGAGAUACUCUUAGAAAGAAAGAUAAGUUGUAUUGAUGUGUUUAACGGAUCGAAAUACAAGCCAGAGAGUAUCUUAGGGUCUCUCUCUCCCUCAUACAAGUUUGAUCCAAUCUCUAGAUGCUCUCUCAAUACAUGA